AUGGCUGUCCAGCAGCACGACCAGGCUGUAGAUAGCGUGGCUACCGAGCGUGUAGUAGACAACGGCGUCGCCCGUGCAGACGCGUCGCGCCUCGCUGGCUCUCCCUUCACGGAGCCUGCGUCCGUGGCUGCGGCGGGCUGCGUCGAGGAUGAGCAGACUGAACUGAUGCGGCUGCUGGAUGAGGUGACUCACAGCAUCUACCGCGACGACGAGACCGACGCGGUGGCAGAGCCUCGCAGCGGUGGCUUCGUGGUGGAGGAGACGAGUGGCCCCCCCACGCGUGGCGGAAGCGCCGCGCCGCCGGUGUACGGCUCACCAGCGCCGCCCGGUGGCAGUCCGUUCAGUUAUGUCGGCAUCCCGCACGCCGCAAAGCCACCGCCGCCGUCCUUUGCGGAGGCCAUCGCCUCGACUCCGCCGAUGUCGGCGGUGCCGGUCGAGCUGUCGCCGCUCGCUGCGCACUACGUCCCGCCAAUGCCGGCUGCGCAGCAGGACCCGAUUCUCCUCCGCAACGAGCACGGCGUGUUCCUGCUGCAGCCUAUCGCGAAGCCAACGCCGCCGUACACGCCGCCGAGCGUCUCCUCGCCCAUCUCCCCCCUUCCACGCUACGCGUUGCCUCCCGCCGCUCAGCCGCAGUCGCACUUCCUUGGGAAUUCGCUGGCGCAGGCGGACGGCUUCACAGAGACACACCCGCCGAAGAAGGCCGGCGCGAGCCCGUACAGCGGCGUGGUGGGGGCGGGGCACAUCUUGGGCAGCGGCGCCGGUGCCUACACAUCCAUCAGCACCUCCGUCAAGCAGAAAGGCGUCGGGCUCACGCCGCCACCGCCGUAUCCCGCGUGA